AUGGCGACCGACUACUUCACCCUCAAAGUACCAGAGCUCAAGAAGCUCUGCUCAGAGCGAGGUCUCUCGCCAACGGGAAACAAAGCGGACCUGGUCGCGCGUCUCAAGGAGCACGACGAGGCCAAUGGCGCCGCCGAGCCCCAGAGCAAAGAGAAAGAGUCAAACCAGGAGGCCAAUGCUGACGCCGCGCCAAAGGACGAUUUGAUCAGCUACUCAGACGACGAGGCGCCUGCUGCCAAGCCUGCGCCUGCUGAGGCUGCUGCCACCGCCGACGCCGCGACUGCCAACCCCAGUGCGCCAAACCCCGAGGAGACCAAGGUUCCUGAGGUGGAAGCAGCCGCGCCUGCGACUGAGGAGGCGAAGCCCGAGCCCGUGUCCUUCGCUGCCGGUCUCGCUGCCUCGUCCGCGUCCGACGAGGCGAAGAAGCGCGCCGACCGCGCCAAGCGCUUUGGCAUCGAGGAAGACGAGGAGAAGAAGAAGCUCGCCGAGCGCGCGGAGCGAUUCGGCGUCCAGGAGGACGCCGUCAGCGGACUGGACUCUGCGCUUCCUGACAGGCCUCUGAAGAGGGGACGUGGGAGGAACGCCGAGGCGGACAAUGCGCGACCCAACAAGCGACAGAGCCAAGAUCGCAGAGGCGGGCGACGGGAUGGACGCCGGGGUGGCGCUGACGUCCCGACGGGCAACAAGCCUGCGCCGGCCAAGAAGUCGAGCAUUCUCGAUGAUCCCGUCGAGAAAGCCAAGGCGGAGAAGCGCGCUGCCAGGUUCGGCGGUGCUUAA